ACCUCUUUUUUCAAUAUUGUGUGUUUUGUUUGGAGUUCAUAUUUAAGUAAUUCCUCUUCGUAACAUUCUGCUGCAAUAGCUCAUUCAUCUACUAAGUUCUCUACACGGUCUGCACACGCUUUUCAAGCCUAUUCAGAUUUCUCUCUUCUAUCCUUCUCCAAGAUGCCGAACCCCACAGGUCUACCCUACCUCCAGCCCUCCAGCACUUUUGGCGUCUACAGGGACCCUCAAACAGGACAAGUCGUGCAAGUUUCGGGCCAGCAACCGGAGUACCUUCAGCACCCUCCAUUCAUGGGCAUGCCACAGCCCAACUCGAACCCCUUCGCUCCUCAAAGCUACUUCGCGGCCCCGGGUCUGCAGUAUAGGAAUGGCCCAAGUCAGUAUCUACCGGCUCAGUAUCUGCAGAUGCAACAGAUGCAGAUGGAGAUACAACAACGAAGACCGGUUCAGCAACCGACACCUAUUCCCUCCAUACCCUUCAAUCCUGUACAAGUCGUUUUGCCAAACCAAGUUCAGAACUACCCGGUGCCGACUUUCGCUCCACCGCCCUCAAGCUCAUGGGCGUAUCCUCCACAACAGCCGCAACAACGGCAGGCACCUCAACAAGCAUGGAAUUUUGCUGAAAAUGAGGUCGUCGACGUUGAUAUGGAGGAUGCGCCUCAAGUAGUAGCCCCUGUUUUCCCUCCAGAACAGACUACUCUUGAGGUACCCAAAGAGGCUACUCCUGAGCCUCCGAAGCGAAAGGAGCCUUCAUUCUUGGCGGAGCGCGUCCGGUAUCUGAAGACCAAGACACACGAGCAGAAGCAUCCCGUUGAGAUCCGGCUCAUCCGCACCUUCGAGCUGAAUAUGGACACCAAACAGCAACGCAAGUACUGCCUGGCGUUCUGGCCCAGUAACGAAGCCGCGCUUGAAGACCUGCACGACAUGGCAAAGUUCUCUCCUAAUUUCACGGAGAUUUACAUGUAUCGCAUGCGCUGGGAGGCUUCCGCCACAGUAACAGAGGCGAAGAAGAUUGAGGAUGAGAAGACGAAGAUGGAGGCUGAGAAGGAGGAGUUGAGGGGGAGUUGCAGGGCAAAGUAUCAGGAGAUGCUGGAGGCGGAGAGAGAUGCGCAAGAGCGCACGUUCAUUGGCUCAACUCGGAGGCACAAGGGGGUGGAGGCGCGGAAGAGGCAGUUGAGGGAGUAUGAGGAGUCUAAGAAGGAGAAGCAGGCGAUGGUGGAAGUGCUAGCGAAGAAGAAGGAGGAACGCGAAGCGGAAGAGGCGAGGAAGAAGAUGGAGGCUGCGGAGGAGCGGGAGGAGAAGAAGCAGGAGCGUGAAGCAGAGGCGCUAAGAAAGAAAGAGGCCUCGGCCCUGAAGAAGGCAGAUGCUGCAACUAAGAGGAAAGCGGACGCUGAAGAGAAGAAGAGGAAGCGAGCUGACGACAAGCUCGAGAAGACAUCCGGCCGCCCUGCCAAAGCCCCAAAGACGGGGCAUACGCAGGCUCUCAGUACUCCUACCAUCGAGGAGGAGGAUGACCUUGAAGCCGUGCUGGCUCAGCAGAUGUUUGCAGAGCUCUCUGAUGAUACUCCUGCAGAUGCCUCCAGUCUUCUCCAAGAGCAAGAAGAGCAGCUACAUACUGCUGAUGCUGGCAUGAACUCCAGCCCAUCUCAAGGGGUAGAGGAGGAGGAUGACCUCGCAGCCAUGCUAGCCGAGGAGAUGCUUGCAGAGCUCUCUGCCGAUACUCCUGCAAGUGCCGCCAGCCCUCCUCAAGAGGAACAGGAACAGCUACACGCCCCCAGCCCACCUAAGGAGGGAGCGGAACAGCAUACCGAUGGUGUCGCGAAGCCAUCCGAGCUGCCUCAAAUGAAGCCGACGCAAUGCCCUACUCCUCGCACCACCCCAGCAAUGGGCCAGGAGGUAGAAGCACAGCAGCAGGCGGUAGACGCAGAGCAGAACGAGGACGACUUCGAUGCUUUGUUCGACGACGAUGGUGCAGAGGACGAUGUACAGAGUCCUACUCCAGCUGCGGAAGAUACCACUGAAGAGUCAACCGAUCCUCCUCAAGACAUGGCAGCCCCCGAAACACCCAGCGCUUCUCAAGAGCAAGCGCCUGCGUCCGAUUCUGACUCUGACUCCGACUCGGAAGAUGAGGAAGAAGAAGAGGAGCUAGCUUACUCCCCAGAAGAUCUCCUCCUCGUCGAGCAAAUCCGCACAAAAAUCGCUGCCGCCGACACGACACUUGCCACUACACACGAACAACUCUCCAGGAUCACAGCAAAGAUCUUCGUGACCCGCGCUCGCAAGACCAUCGACAAGCUCGAAGAAGAGAAACGCGCUCUGCAGGCUCAGCUAGGGGAAAUCCGGUCGAGAACUCUGGUACAGUCGUCGUAGAGAAGACGAGGGUUGGAGGGAGGUAAUGGAGUUCUCAACGGCAUCAAUACAACUUUAAUAACCCUGUCUAGUACCUACAUCAUAUAUAUUAGGCGGCGAGACAAGGGGCGUAUAUACCACAAUAAUAGAAGUCUUGAGAAAUCUUUUGAUGAAACCAGAUGCGAUGUGAUGAAUCGUUACAUUAUAGGGAAGUAAUAAAAGGUGGGUAUCGUCAUCUGUAGAAUAGAAGGAAAUCUGUGUACCAUGCAAACCACCACGCUAUGCAAGAUGCAAGAGAGAAUACGCUCUGACAGGAAAUAAGAUGCACAGGAAUAAAAGUGACCAAGGAAACCCAGCUUCCAAACUUUAUCAUCCCUUGCUCACCACGCUACGGCCCCUUAAACCUCA